AUGAAUCAAGAUUAAAGUUUAGCCUAAGAAAAUGAAGAUAAAGUUUAAAAUUAAAAAAGAGUAAAUGUGAAAUUACAACUAAAAUUUAGUUCUCUAUAUGGAGAUGAAUAGAUUGAUAAUAAAAUUUAAUAUGAUGCAUAUGUCUAUUAUAAUAAUUGGAAAGAAAAUAGUAUAAAAUAUGAUCGUUGCAAAAUGGAAUUAGAUUAAAAUAAUAUAUGGAUAGCUUAAAUUGAUUUAGAUCCUAAUGCUACUUAUAAAUAUUAUUAUUAUGUUUAAUAAAAAAAUAAAAUAAAAAAAGAAUCAGAUGUGAGAUAUUUUAAAUAUGAUUAAAAAGAAAAAAUAGGAAUAGAUGAAUGGAAUAAGGUUUGGUGUUUGUAUAGAUAUUACAUAAAAGAUAGAUAAAUUUUAGAUUUUUAUCAAAUUAAAAUUAAAGACUAUAGUAAAUAGUCAUUUUAAAGUAUUGAUAAUUUAAAUGAAGAUUAAACAGGAGAUUCUUAUUUAGAAUGUUAAGAAAUUCUUAAAAUUUAAGAUUAAUAAAAAAAAAGAUAAUUUGCUUUUAUAAAUAAAUUUAAUCAAGAACUUAUUGAAUACUCUAAUUAAUUUGAUCCCAGAAAAGGAGAUACUUAUAUCAAUAAUUUUGUUAUACAUUAAUUUUCACAGAAUAUAUUCUUGUCCAAAGAAUAAGAAGGAAGAAUUGAAAAAUUUAUUUCGUAAUAAGGGAAUAAUUUAAGUCAAAAUAAUGAAAAAUAAUUAAAAAGUAAAAUAUAAGAACUUGAAAAUUAAUUUAAUAAGAAACUUGAAGAUUUAAAUUCUUAUAAACAAUAAUUAUAUAAGGAAACAGCAAAAAAUAAAGAAUCUUAAGCUAAAAUUUAGAAUCUGGAAACAAGGAUAAAAGAUAUUUAAGCUGAAAAUACAAAUAUUAAAAAUACAUUAUUAGAAAAUUAAAGAAUGUAUAUGCUUGCUUUAUAAGAAAGUGAAUAUUAUCAAUAGGAAAAAUCUAUGAAAUAAUUGGAAUAAAUAAACAAUGAAUUUCAAUAAAAAAUUGAAUAUAUUUCAAAAAUAAAUAAUGAGUAAUUAAAAAAUUAAAAAGAAAAAAUGGAAGAAGAGUCGAGGAUUUUUUAAAAGAAAUCUUAAGAAGUAAUAAAUAAAUAUAUUGAAAUGCUUGAAGAUUCAAAUAAAAAACUUAGAAAUUAUGAAUUGAAAAAUAUUCAUUAUGAGGGCGAUGAUAUUAAAAUUUCUAUAACUUAAGAAGAAGUUCCUGAUGAAUUUAAAUAAGAAAUUUAUGAUUUAGAAACAAAAAUUUAAGAUUUUCAAACUACAGAAACUCAAUUAAAAAAUUAAAUUCAUAAUGCUUAAGAAGAUUCAUAAAAGUUAGAAAAAGAGAAAAAUUCUUAUAAAUAAAGAGCAAAAAAAAUUCAGAUUUUGAGUAACGAAAGUAAAGAGAAAUUGGAUAAAUGUGAAAUCGAAUUAAAAUAAGCAAUAUAGAAAUUAGAAAUAAAAAAAUAAGAAUCUUUGUAAUAGGAUUAAUUUUAUAAUUUAAAAAUAUCAAAGUAUCAAAAAGGUUUAAAAGAUUUAUUAUAAAAACUUAAUGAAAAGUAAGAUGAAUUAGAAAAUUUUAAAAAGGCUUAUGAAGAAAUUCAAAAAAAAUUAGAAUUAGAGGAAGAAAAAAAUAUUAAAUUACAGGUAGAACUUGAAUCAACAAUCAAAUCUUCAGAAGAAAGAAGAAUAUAUGAAUAUAAAAUUUUGAUGGAAACUCAUAAUUAAGAAAUUAAGUAAAUUUAAUAAGAAAAAUAAUAAUAAUUAUUAUAAGAAAAGCAAAAAUUUGAAGAAAAUUAAAAAAAAAAUUUAACAAAUUUAACACACUCAGUGAUUUAAAAUGUUUAUGAAAAACUCGAAAUUGAAAUCCUAUAACCAUAUUUUGAUUUAUAAAAGAAUUUCCAUUAUAAUCUAAUGAAUAACUUUGGAAGUGAAAUCGAAAGAAUAAUAAAUGAAAAUAUAGAUAAUUUUGAAACUCCAGUUAAUUAAUUAUAAUACAGAUUGUGCCAUAUUGAGGAAGAAUAAUUAUAGGAAUUCUUAAUACUAGCUCAAUAGGAACAUGAUAAAUUAGUGGAGGCAAUAUAAAAUUUCAAAAAAAAAACAACAAUUAAAAAUGCCAUAUACUUAAAAGAAUGCUUCAGAUAAUAUACUAUCUAAUGUAAUAAAAUAGAUAAAAUCUCCAAAACAAUUAACUUUGAUAAUGAUUAAGAAGGGGAAUAAAUUUAUUAAUUAAAUAGAUGGUAAGUUAUUUUAGAAUAAAAAUUGGAUUCUGUUUUUAGAUUGCUUAAUUUCUAGCAAGAUUUAUAAGGAUAUAAUUUGGAGUUUUAAGAAAGUAGAGAUACUUAUACCAAAGCAUUGAAGUAUUUUUAAAGUUAACAAGAAUAAUUGUAUGAAUGA